CCUAUAAAGAGAAGAUGCAAUCUGACCGCCUUUGAAAUGAUCCUCAGGACUUAUUGCGAUAGGACCAUCAAACGCACUUCAAAAGGAGGAGCCCGGGUUUGAAAGCCGCUGCUUUUGAAAAGGGAACCGAACGAGCAAGAGCGCAGAGUUGCGAACGAGUCCACAACUGAUAAGACAGCAAACGACAGUAGAGCUGGAGUGAGAGACUUGAAGGAUUAUCGAUUAUCGCGAUAUCGUAGCCAUUGAUAAAAUGGUUUUGUGAAGCGGGCAAUCCCAGCACGGAUCAUUUCACCCGUUUUUCCAUCACAUUUUGGCACGUUACGCACCGCGAGGCGCGCUUUUACGCAGGUGUGGAUUUCUUAAACAACCGGUGUACAGAUGGCUGCGUUAACCUUAUCAAGAACAGACAAUUUCCUGCACAAUUUCCUACAGGAUCGUACUCCCAGCUCUUCCCCAGAGAGCGGUCCCAACGCCUUUUCCUUUUUAGCCACCACAUGCAGUCAAGCCUGGCAAGAGGGUUCCCAGCUGCCCUAUGAGGGGCCAGUGGGAUCCGCAUCCAGCAUGUUUCAGCUCUGGAGCAACGACGUGACCCCUAACGCCAGCCUGAGCGCUCACCAGAUGACCUUCACUGUGCCCAAGGUGCAGUUCCCCGGACACAUGCAGCCCACCCUGGGCCCCCAUUCUCAUCAUCAUCACCACCACCACCAUCACCACCACGAGUUACCUCUCACUCCUCCAGCUGAGCCUCCAUCCGCUUACUCCUUCGAGCUGUCUCCAGUAAAGAUGCUCUCCUCGCAGGCACAGGGGAAUGCACCGUACUAUGCACAGCAUAACGCUGUGACCCAGAACUUUCCCACCUUCCUCCAGAACACUUCAGCCAGACCUCAUCAUGUUGAAGAUGGCCAGCAGUGGUGGAGUCUCCCCCAAGGUAACACCACAGCCUCCGGUCAUCCUUUCUCUCUGGGUAGGCAGCUGGUUUUGGGCCACCAGCCCCAAAUUGCAGCCCUUCUGCAAGGAACGUCAAAGGGUUUGUUGAGCUCGACGCGGCGGUGUCGCAGGUGCAAGUGCCCAAACUGCCAAUCCACAGGGAAUGGAAGUGCUGCGCUGGAAUUUGGAAAGAAAAGACUGCACAUUUGCCACAUUCCAGACUGUGGCAAGGUCUACAAAAAGACCUCACACCUCAAGGCGCACCUGCGCUGGCAUGCCGGCGAGCGACCCUUUAUCUGCAACUGGCUCUUCUGUGGAAAAAGCUUCACUCGCUCGGAUGAGCUGCAACGGCAUCUUCGCACACACACCGGGGAGAAACGUUUCGGCUGUCAGCAGUGUGGGAAAAGGUUCAUGCGUAGCGAUCACCUCUCCAAGCAUGUGAAGACCCACCAGAGCAGGAAGAGUCGGUCUAGUCAAUCUCCUCAAAGUGGGUCUGAUGCACUGCUAAGCAAUAUUAAGAAAGAAUAAAUAAGAAUAAAAAAAGACAAUGCAAAAAGAACUCAGAGUCUUUGGACUAUCAGGGAAGAGAUGUCAAGCAGGAUAUACAGUAAAUAAAAAGUGUGACUCAUUUUUUAUGUGAAAGUGGCUUAACAAAUUCAAAAAAGCCCUGUUGUACUUUUAUUAAAACCACUGCACACCAUGCUUGCACCGAAGAAAAUAUGCUGCUUAUCUGAGACUUAAAGGUUUGAUAAACUGAUAAAAGCAACAUAUUUUCAAGACUCUGGAUGCAAAGACUUCUCAUGACCCUUGCACAUUUAUUUAAUUAUAUUUCUAAUGAUUUUAAAAGUAAAUUCUCUAAAAAUCACAGCUCGGUGUAUUAAAAAUGUUGUUUGUUUACAUUAUGCUUUAGUUUGAAACAAUAUUUUAUUGUUUGGGGAUAUUGUUGCCUUAUAAUGAAAUAUAUCUUGUAUUUGACCAUGUGGUUUGUAGUUUUACACCAAUCAGAAUUGAAUUUUAAGUGGCACUGCUACAAUACUUUUUCACUUUAAAUCUAAAACCCAAAUGAAUAAAAGCUAUAGUUUUUGAAAGUGCAAUCAAAUGUAUAUAUUGUUUAUAUAACGCACAGUUCUAUGAACAUCAAGCAUGUGAAAUAUUAAAUAA